AUGACCUCACAAGACCACGCGGUCCCAGAGGAGGACCCCUUGGCCGAGCUCAUCACCACCUACAACGAGCUCAACGGCGCCCUCAUCGAAGAACUGGACGAGGAGCCGAGCCCCCUCGAGUUCAUGCGCUACGUCGCCCGCAACACCCCCUUCGUCGUCCGUGGCGCGGCCUCCUCGUGGCAGUCGAAUAAGACGUGGGAUAAGGACUAUUUGCUGCGCAUGUUUAAAGAUCAGACUGUGAAUGUUGCCGUGACACCUUUUGGCAAUGCAGACGCUCCAACCGACCAUGAAGGAAAUGUCGUUUUCGCGAAGCCGCAUGAGGAGGAUCAGGACUUCGAAGAGUUUCUCAACUAUGUAAUCAACCAAGAAAAAAGUAAAGAUACGGCCUCGGAAGUCAGAUAUGCUCAAACACAAAACGACAACCUCCGCAACGAAUACCUCCCCCUCUUCACCCACGUACCCCCUUCCAUCCCCUUCGCCCGCAUCGCCCUCGACCGCGACCCGGACGCCAUCAACCUCUGGAUCGGCGCCUCCCGCUCCGUCACCGCCCUCCACAAGGACAACUACGAAAACAUCUACGUCCAGGUCCGCGGUCGCAAACACUUUGUUCUCCUCCCACCCUGUUGCCAUCCCUGCGUCAACGAGACGGCCCUCGCGCCGGCGACGUAUUCUCGUCGCGGAGGAAAAGAUGGUGAGCUGGUGUUGAAUAUGGACCGGGCCGCCAAAGGCGAUGAAGCAGAAGAAGGAGAAGAAGAAGAAGAAGAAGAAGAAACGGCAACAUCAAAUACCAUCCCCUUUGCGACGUGGGAUCCGGAACAGCCGCAUGUCAACGCGACGCCCUACUCUCACCUCGCCGAGCCCGUCCGCGUCACGCUGGAGCCGGGUGACAUGCUCUACCUCCCCGCCAUGUGGUACCACAAGGUCUCUCAGUCCUGCCCAGAAGACGGAGAAGGCUUCGUCCUGGCCGUCAAUUACUGGUACGACAUGGAAUUCAGCGGACCGUUAUACCCCCUCAGCGCCUUUGUGAGGAAUGUCAGCCUCAAGACAGCACCGGUAACUUCACAAGGAAAGAAAACAUAG